AUAAUAUUAUUGUUAUUCUUAUAGUCGUUAUAACUGAAUUCAAAUUCCCGCUUACCCAAAUCUGCGUUUCAAAAGUUUAAAUUCCCAUCCCUCCAAUUCCCAAACAAAAACCAUCCCAUUCCUCCCUCUCUUUCAAAAAUUCUCACCCCGCCGCCAACCCAACGCCCAAACCUUCUCUCUCCUUCUUUUAACGCCCCUCCGCCCUCCUUUCCUGCAAUCCUUCCCAUUCCUCCGCCGUUAACAUGCCGCUUUCUUCUUCUUCGUCUCUUCCCGAAUCUUCCUCCCGCCAUUACACCUAUAGCCGCAAGCAGAAAUCUCUCGGCCUCCUGUGCUCCAAUUUUUUGAGCAUGUAUAAUAAGGAUGGCGUUGAAUUGAUCGGUCUUGAUGAAGCCGCAGCAAAAUUAGGAGUUGAGAGACGACGGAUCUAUGAUAUUGUCAAUGUCUUGGAAAGUGUUGGGGUUCUUACAAGAAAGGCUAAGAAUAAAUAUACAUGGAAAGGUUUUGGGGCAAUUCCUAAGGCUUUACAAGAUUUAAAGGAAGAAGGUUUCACUAGUAAUUUCAAAAACUCUGAUGCCAACAAUAAAGCUAAGGUCUCAUUUGAUGAUGACGAUGACGAAGAAGAUGAUGAAGGGUUUUCCAACCCUUACACUGGGAGCCAGACUGAGACUUCCAAGCCCAGCUCUGUUCUUAAGUCUUCUGCAUCCUGGAAAGUUGAUAACCGAAGGGAAAAAUCCCUGGGGCUACUUACUCAGAAUUUUGUCAAGCUAUUUGUCUGCUCUAAUGCUGAGUUGAUCUCCCUUGAUGAAGCAGCGAGGUUGUUGCUUGGUAACGCUCACAAUAGCUCAAUAAUGAGAACAAAAGUAAGGCGGCUAUAUGACAUUGCAAAUGUGUUAUCUUCCAUGAAUCUUAUUGAGAAGACCCAUACCGUAGAUACCCGGAAACCUGCAUUUAGGUGGUUGGGGCUAAGAGGCAAAUCAGAAAAAGGAUCUGCGGAUGCAUUGGUUCGUGAGUCUAAGAAAAGGUUGUUUGGAACUGAUGUUACAAACAUCAGUUUCAAGAGGAAUAAGGUUGAUUCUUCAAAUCAUCAGAAUGUCAAUCAGUGCAAGGUGCAAAAGGAAAUAAAAGUUGAAAAUUUGGUGACUGUGGCUGAUAGAAGCAGUUCAGAGGAUUCAAAACAUGGUUCAAGGAGCUAUCAAUUUGGUCCUUUUGCUCCUAUAAGCUUGACCAAUAUUGGCAACUCUGAGAACAAUGCAAAGCGGGUUCAUGACUGGGAGAGUCUUGCUUCCACUUACCGUCCUCGAUAUCACAAUCAAGCUUUAAGGGACCUCUUUUCUCAUUACAUGGAAGCGUGGAAAUCAUGGUAUACGGAAGUUGCAGGAAAGAAGCCAAUACAACAAAUUUCCUAAUGCUGCAGCCCUUGCUUUCCUCGGUGGACUGCUCAAAAUAACCAAGUACAGCGUUUGGGAACCAAUCUUUUACCCCUACUUUUACAAUUUUCUUUUACAUAGAAGAGAUGACUUCUUGUUGGAUGCAUUUUUCUUUGCACCAACUUGAGUGGCAGCACUACCACACCAAUUCACUCAAAAAGUAGAUGCAUUAUGUCCUAGACAAUUUCAAAUCAUCAUCUGCCAAUUUCCAGUUGGUUAGAUAAAUUUGGGGUUUUUUUUUCUUCUAAUCACUGCAUUGGGAAGAGCUAAUGAGUGCACUGCAAGAGUUAUUUCUUCAAUCACUAUAAAUUUCAGCUUUUCCUGCUAACAUCAAUGAAUAUGCUUCAGAUAAUGAGAAUGGUCUGAUCUGAAUAGGUUUCUUGCACUAAUAUUUGAUGUCAUGUGACUCUUAACUCAAUUGCCCCAAAAUGGUAUAGUGUGA